GUACAUAUACUUGCCUCAGCCUACUUCUUGUAUCUGAAACAACAAAAUAAGACCAACAAUUCUUAGCUCCUACUGUAGGAGCUGCAACUGCAAGCCACCAUGCUCAUCCUCGUUUUCCUGCUCCUCUCCAGCUUCAACCUCCAAACAACCGGCGCCAUCGACACCCUCACCUUGGGCCAGUCCCUCCCAUGGAACCAGACGCUGGUCUCCAAGGGCGGCAACUUUGAGCUCGGCCUCUUCUCCCCCGGCAAGUCCAAGAAGUACUACAUCGGCAUCUGGUUCAAGAAGGUCUCCAAGCAAACGGUCGUGUGGGUGGCCAACCGAGAGCGCCCGAUCCUCGAGCCGUCAGCCUCUCGCUUCACGCUGAGCGACCGCGGCGAGCUCCUUGUCGUCCAAGUGACGCCAUCGAACACCUUGCUGUGGUCGUCGAACGCGUCCGCCACCUCGUCCCCGCGCGCCACCGUCGCCACGCUCCAGGACGACGGCAACCUCGUGGUGCGGAGCAACGCCACGGCAUCGGCGUCGGGCCCCGUGGUGUGGCAGAGCUUCGACCACCCCACGGACACAUGGCUCCCCGGGGCCAGGCUCGGCUACGACAGGGCCCGCGGCGUGCACAGCUUCCUCACGUCGUGGACGGACUCUGAGAACCCGGCGCCCGGCGCGUUCUCCAUGGUGAUCGACCCGCAAGGGCAAGCCAAGUUCGACCUGCUCGCCGGCGGUGUCCACCAGUACUGGACCACCGGCCUGUGGGACGGCGAGGUGUUCGAGAACGUGCCGGAGAUGCGGUCGGGCUACUUUGUCGGCGUCCCCUACGCGCCGAACGCCAGCGUGAACUUCUUCAGCUACCACGACCGGAAGCCCAUGGGCAUCGGCAACUUCGUGCUCUACGUGAACGGGCAGAUGCGUCGGCGGCAGUGGAUUCAGGGAGGGGACUGGGUGCUCUUCUGCUCCGAGCCCCACGACGCGUGCGACGUGUACGGAUCCUGCGGGCCCUUCGGCGUGUGCAGCAACACCACCAGCCCCGCGUGCGAGUGCCCCGCGGCGGCCUUCGCGCCCCAGUCACAGGGGGAGUGGGCGCUGGGGAACACCGCGUCGGGGUGCGCGAGGCGGACCGUGCUGGAAUGCCCCAGCGACGGGUUCCUCAAGAUGCCGUACGCCGUGCAGCUCCCGAACGGCUCGGCGGAGGCGGCGGCCGGAGCACGGAGCGACAAGGCGUGCGCGGUCGCCUGCCAGCGAGACUGCUCGUGCACCGCGUACCUCUACGACGGAGCCAAGUGCUUGGUGUGGAACGGCGAGCUCGUGAACCUGAGGAGACUCCCGUCCAACGAUCAAGGCGACCAAGGCGUCGCGGGGGCCGUGCUUCACCUCCGUGUCGCGGCCUCGGAGGCGCCACCGCCUGCGGCGGUUGCGCAUUCUUGGAGGAAGUCUAUGGUGAUCCUCAGUAGCUCGGUGUCGGUCGUGGUCCUACUACUGGCGUGCCUCAUAAUCUUUGUCGCGGUGGCGGUGGUGCUGCGGAAGCGGCGGGGGAAGGGCAAGGUGACCGCGGUGCAGGGCUCGCUGCUGCUGUUCGACUACCAGGCCGUCAAAGCGGCGACGCGGGAUUUCACGGAGAAGCUCGGGAGCGGCAGCUUCGGGUCGGUGUACAAGGGGGUUCUCCCCGACAAGACGCUCGUGGCCGUCAAGAAGCUCGACGGCCUGCGGCAGGGCGACAAGCAGUUCCGCGCCGAGGUGGUCACCCUCGGCAUGAUCCACCACAUCAACCUCGUGCGACUCCGUGGCUUCUGCUCUGAGGGGAACAAGAGGGCUCUCGUGUACGACUACAUGCCCAACGGCUCGCUGGACGCGUACCUGUUCAAGAACAGCUCGGGCUCCAAGUUCCUGAGCUGGAGCCAGAGGUUUGGCAUCGCGGUCGGCGUGGCCAGGGGCCUGGCUUACCUUCACGAGAAGUGCCGGGAGUGCAUCAUACACUGCGACAUCAAGCCGGAGAACAUCCUCCUCGACGAGGAGCUGGGCGCGAAGCUCGCGGACUUCGGCAUGGCCAAGCUCGUCGGCCAUGAGUUCAGCCGCGUCCUGACCACCAUGCGGGGCACGAUGGGUUAUCUCGCGCCGGAGUGGCUCGCGGGCGCACCGGUCACCGCCAAGGCCGACGUGUACAGCUUCGGCCUGCUGCUGUUCGAGCUCGUCUCGGGCCGCCGGAACAACGGCUCCUCGGAGGAGGGGGGCCGCUCCGCCGUGUACUUCCCGGUGCACGCCGCGGUCAAGCUGCACGCGGGCGACGUGGUCGGCCUGCUGGACGAGAAGCUGGCCGGGGAUGCCUACGUGGAGGAGCUUGAGAGGGUCUGCAAGGUCGCGUGCUGGUGCAUUCAGGAUGAUGAAGGCGACCGGCCGACCAUGGGGCUCGUUGUGCAGCAGCUCGAAGGUGUUACUGAUGUUGGACUGCCGCCGAUACCGUCGCGGCUUCACAUGCUGGCGACGGCUAAUGGGUGCGCCGGUGGGGUUGCCGAGGACGAACCAAAAAACGGUAGCAAAUUAGCGACAGAAGUGUAACGUGUAUUAGUUACUGCACUGGUGUAAGACCUGUAAUGCUAGUUUCAGUGUUUCAGCAUGAUUUUUCCUUUGUUACAUCAAGAGUGUAGUACGAGUACUAUGUAGAAAUCAUAGCAGGCAGCCAAGCACCCCGGCAGGGUUAGAUCCUCUGCAACAGGAGCUGCCAAUGAUUUUUUUUUUCACUUUGUCUAUGUCCUUUGAAUUCCUGAUCAAGCCAGUACAAUUGUCUUUUCA